GUAGGUAACUUGUUGCGGCAGCUAGUCUACAUUAGUUUAUAAACAUCACCGUUCAAUUUAUUUCUGUUUUUAAACGAAAUGUUUAUUAAACCUUUAGGAUAAUAAUAAAUAUAAAACACUUCGUGUAGCUAUAAAAUCUACUGAAAAUGUUUCCGAGGGCAGGUUUUUUUGUGAUAUUGGUUUUAACGCAACUUUUUGUGAUUGAAUGCGGUAGAUUUGGUGGGGGUGGUGGUGGCAGAACUAGCGGCGGUGGUAGCAGAAUUAGCAUCGGCCAUAGUUAUUCUCAUCCGUCAUACUCUCAUCCUUCCUAUUCUCAUCCUUCCUAUUCUCAUCCUUCUCCAUCCUAUCAUCCUUCCCCAUCCUAUUCUCAUCCUUCUCCAUCCUAUUCUCAUCCUUCUCCAUCCUAUUCACAUCCUUCCCCAUCAUAUUCUCAUCCUUCUCCAUCGUACUCUCAUCCCUCGCCGUCGUAUUCCCAUCCCUCCCAUCCAUCUGCGCCGAUUCCAGCAUAUCAUCCACUUCCAGCAGCCCCAGUUUACAGACCGAUAGGAUGGAAUGUUGGAGGAACUGGAUCUUAUCCCGACAGCCAUGUUUCGUCUGGUGCUGUGGGACCACCUAAACAUGUUUCUGGUGUUGGUAGCUCCAAUACGAACCAUGGUCCAGAAAUUACAAGACCCAUAGGAUUCGCACCUGCAGGAUCUACCGGACACAAUACCGGGUCAGGUGUUCAUUCACAGCCCAUCGGACCACCAAAAACUGUUACAGGAGUAGGCAAUUCUGGAGCUCACUAUGGAGAAAAACCACCAGCGUAUAACCCCAACUACAACCCUGCUGGCUACGGACAUCCACCAGCUUACAGUCCAGCUGGAUCCGCACCAGCAUACAACUCAGGCGGCGGUGGUUUUAAUUUCCCGCCACCUGCCUAUAGUCAAUCAGGACAUCCAGCUUACAGCCCAGGCGUUUACCAUGCACCACCAGCUUACAGUCCACAUCCCAGUGGAGGAAGUGUGACUGUUAUCAACAAUAACAACCAUCAUUAUUCUUAUCCAGCUUAUGUACCAACUUAUCAUUAUACUACGGCAGAUACAGGAAGCAGCCAUCUUGGUUUCUUUUUGGGAUAUUCAUUAGGAAGGCUGACCUCCCCAAGUUAUCACUACCACAGCUCCGUUUUAUAUGAUAAUUCUCCAAGAUACGACCACUACGAAGUCCACCACUACUACCACAACAGCAACGCUGUUCCAAAGGAAGCAACCAUUCAAGAAAAUGCCAUAGUCGGUUGUGUCGGGGAUACUGGUUCAUUCUGUCCUGCUAAUACUACAUCGUUAUGUACUAACAACGGUGCCGUAAUGUGUGUUGCCAGUGCCACCUCAACAGUUCCCUGUAAUUUGGAACGACAAACCAAUUGUGUAAAAAGUUCAGUACCGUGUUUGAACAGUACGUCUCCGGAUUGUGUAGGAACUUUACAGAAAUCAGCUACUGUUUCAUUACCUUGUAUUUCUACUGCCAAAAUUUUAGCAAAUAUCAGCUUUGUUAAUAACUCCAUUAUUGUUGCUCCAACUGCCAAUACAACAGUUCCUAAUAAUCCAAAUUCAACACCUUUCCCUAUUACUACUACACCACAACCAAUAACACCUCAGAACUUCUGUGUUACCAUUCUGGCAUUGCCUGCUGAAAGAAAACUUACUGAAAGUGAAAAACUAGCCAAUGGCGUGGACGGACUGUUCGGAAAAAUAGCUGUAAAAGCAUUAGGAAUUGCUUGACAGUAUAUAAUUGGUAUGGCUGUAUUUCAGCUUUCUACAUAAUAAAAUUAUUUUUUAACCGAUGCUUUGUUUCUAAGCAAAGCCUUGAAUCAAAUAGGCGAUGUUAUACAAAUUUCAGGUGAUGUAUACAAGUACCUUAUAAAAACAUUUAAAUAAAUUUGUUUAUUUAAAAGUUGUUUUUAAAAAAAAAUAUCUAAAAAGAUAAACAAUACUCUUGUUAAGUUGUUUGUUCGUCACAACUUAGAGAACCAAGCUCGAUAUGAGCAGCAAAUAUAUUAUGUAAAUUUU